AUAAAAGCCGUAACAGACAGAAAAGGCUUGCACAUAUAGCUCUCGAUAAGGAGAGAGACUCAACAACUCAAACCCCUCUCUCUCUCUCUCUAAAACGCACAGAUCCGAGUGAAAUCGUAGUGUGAUGGGGAUGGAAGUUACAGAUAUAUGCUUGGACAAAGAGCCAGAUUGUGUCAUAAUUUAUUCAAAUGGUGUUUCUCAUGAUUCAAAUCAGGAAACUAGCACAUUUCAUCAUGAUGUUUCGGAGUCAUAUGAGCAUAUUAAUGGGGAUCCAGUACCCCAGGUGUUGGAAGAGAAUGCUGAAGUUAAGGAGUGUGAAGUGAAGGAAUGCACUACUGAAAACUUGGUUAAGGUUUCUGAACUCUGUCAAGUUGAAAUACAUGAGGAAAAAGUACCAAGUUCAAACUGUGACACUCAUUUGCAGGAUGAGAAGAUGAAAAUUGAAGCUCAACCAACAAGCGAUGAUAAUAAGAAAUCUAAAUUUGCUGCAAAAACUGCAUCCAAACCUGGUUCUGGAAAUGCUCGAACAAAAUGCACUGUUCCACAGCCAUUUGCUCUGGCAACUGAAAAACGUGCUUCAUGUGGAACACGUCCUGUUGGAAAUGAACCUGAUGUUGGUACUACUGUGAGCAAAUCAUCUAACUCAAACAGUUUGCAACACCAAAUUACUACAAAACAAAAUCAGCUGGUUUCACCUUUGGUAUCAAGGAAGCCACUUCAACCUGAUAAUAAGAAACAUCCCGAUGAAGAUGAUUCUUGUUCUGUUGCUUCCUCUACUGCAGCAUCAGUGAGGACUAUUAAGUCUAGGACAACUGUUGCAUCUGCUCCAACAUUUAGAUGCAUUGAACGUGCAGAGAAACGCAAGGAGUUUUAUUCAAAAUUAGAGGAGAAGCACCAAGCGCUGGAGGCUGAGAAAACCCAAUGGGAAGCAAGGACUAGGGAAGAGAAAGAGGCUGCUAUCAAGCAACUGAGAAAAGGUUUGACGUUCAAGGCAAACCCGAUGCCAAGUUUCUACCACGAGGGACCACCACCCAAGGUUGAACUGAAAAAGAAAUUUCAAAACCCAUUGCUCUAUUUGGAUGGCAGCCACCACCAACCCGUGCAAAAUCACCAAAAUUGGGUAGAAGGAAGAGCUGCAGUGAUGCUGUUGGUUUGUCUCAGCGAGACAAGGGUAUAGGAGCUAGUGAUCGAGGAACUCGUCACAGUUUUGGCAAUUACAAAGACAGUACCACCACCACUACUACUACCAACAGGAAGGAUCGGAGCAGUAUCCAGAAUGGUAAUUCUGCUUGCAAAUUCAAAGAUGAAUCCAAACAAAUGAGAGAGACAAAUCCGUCAAUUUCAACCAAGGUAAAUGGACAAGGGAAUGUAGACAUUGCUGUUGAGUCAUGAGUCUUUGGUGAGUUUCUAAUUUAAAUGAGGGGAGAAGUCUCUUUUCCCUUGUUUCCUUAUGACUUAUUUAAGGAAUGUUUAUUUGAUCCCCCUUAAUCUGCAAGGACUUGUUGCAGUGGCUUGUGUUAUGUUGAUGUGUUUUAAAGUGUAAAUUUUUGUAUCUUAUUUUCACACAUAUAUGUAUAAAGAGCUCCAAUUUGUCAUAAAUGCUGUUCCAUAUAUUGCUUCUGAUUAAA